UUUAUCUUCAAAUAACCUAUUUAUAAAAUUAGUUACUUAGGCUUCUAUGACUUUAUUCUUUAAUCAUGCAAAACAGUACAAGACCAGCUGUGAGCAUGCGCAGUAACCAUCUUUGAACAAGACUGAUCUCACUGAUCCAUGAUUAGUUUUCGUCUAGACAUGGAGAACGCUACAUCAACAAAGCUGCUCGAUUUAGAGUCCGAAUUUGAUGAAGAAAAUGUAGCUCUACUAAUGUUGCUAACAACAAAAAUGAAAAACCUAUGAGUGAAUAUUUAAGUAAGAGGAGCACACAUGGUGUAUUCAAGCUCACUCUGGAAAUUUCAGAUAACGUUUUCAGGAAAAGUUUCAGGCUCAACAGGGUUCAAUUUGAUGGAAUCCAUGAACUCAUAAAAGGACACAUCAUUGGAAUAAGAGACUACAAUGGAUCGAUUUCAAGUGAGGAGAAGCUAUCUGUUUGCCUCAGGUACCUUGCAACUGGGGACAUGUUCAAAACUAUUGCAAUGAGCUAUCGAAUGGGAAAACGAACUGUGUCAAGUAUAGUUUCUCAAGUCUGCAAAGCAAUUUGGCGACAUUUGCAGCCUGUUCACAUGCCAAAGCCAACAGUGGAAAUGUGGGAGGAAAUUGCGUUAGAUUUUUAAAAAGAUGGCAAGUGUAUAACUGUGUUGGAUCAAUUGAUGGCAAGCAUGUCUGCUUUCGAAAACCAUUUCAUAGUGGUUCUUCAUUUUAUAACAACAAGGAAUAUUGUUCUAUCAUUUUAAUGGCAACAGUGGAUGCUCACUAUCUUUUCACAACCGUGGACAUUGGUUCAAUGGGCAGAUUCAGUGAUGGAAAUGUUUUUGCUAAUUCGAAUCUAGGUGAUCUCUUGAACAGUGGAUCUCUUGUGUUGCCUAGCCCUAAACCGUUACCAGGCCAAGAAGAACCAACACCAUAUAUAUUUAUUGGGGAUGAAGCGUUCCCCCUAACUUCUUAUUUAAUGUAACCGUAUCUAAAAGCCAAAGUGACAGGGAACACCGAGAACAAGAUUUAUAAUUAUAGAAUAUCCAGAGGUUGUCAAAUGGUUGAAUAAGCCUUCGGAAUUUUAGCAUCAAGAUUCAGGGUUUUCAAACGGGCGUUUGAAUGCAAGUUGGAUGAUGUAGUGAAGGCGACAACUGUAUCACACAAUUAUCUCAGAACAAAGGUACUGGCAGGUACGUCACCAGCAGAUGAGGAUGAUGAACUAUUGUGUAAACAACCUGAAGAAAACAACUUUGUAUAUUUGUCGGAAAAUCGUGCUAGAAGUUCAAAAGAAGCAUUCUGAAUCAGAGAGAAUUUUAAGAACUGUUUCAACAGUCCCCAAUGUUAUGUUGAAUUGCAAAAAAAAAUCUAUUGAAAGGGGGAAAUAUUGAAAAACCUUACUUAUGCAUAAAAUAUUUUUUGCAUUCUAGUAUCCAAACUUUUUAAUUCUAGUAUUUAUUAUUUUAAUAUUUAGUAUUUGGUACUUGAUA